CCUUUCCCCUUUCCUCUCCGCUCUUCCCCUCUCCUCUCCUCUCUCGCUCUCUCUGCCGCGCCCCCCAAUCCCGAUCUCCUCUCCUCCCCCUCUCAUGCAUGAGAGGUCGGCGGGGAUCCCACCAACGCUAGCCGCCGCUGCCUCCGCCGCCGCGCGCUUCUCCUUCCUCUUGCUGUUGCUGCUCGUGGUCGCGGGGCGGUCGUCGUCCGCCUGGUCGUGGUGUCGCGAGGGGGAGGCGGAGGAGGUGAAGGGGUGCUCCCGGAUCAUGGGGUUCGGGGGGGACGGCUCGCCGGCCACCGGUGGCGGGAUCAGUGAAAAUGGCAGGUUCAGUUAUGGGUUUGCAAGUUGUGCUGGGAAAAGGGCAUCAAUGGAGGAUUUCUAUGAGACAAGAGUCGAUGAUGUUGAUGGAGAGACUGUCGGGUUGUUUGGCGUAUUUGAUGGUCAUGGUGGAGCUCGAGCAGCUGAAUAUGUGAAGAAGCACCUCUUCAGCAAUUUAAUCAAGCAUCCGCAAUUCAUCGCAGAUACAAAGUCUGCUAUUGCUGAAACAUUCACUCAUACAGAUUCAGAGUUUCUGAAAGCUGAUAGUAGCCAUACCAGAGAUGCUGGCUCAACUGCCUCGACAGCUAUUCUCGUCGGCGGUCGCUUGGUGGUGGCGAACGUUGGUGAUUCUAGAGCCGUUGUUUGUAAAGGAGGGAAGGCGAUUGCGGUUUCAAGGGAUCACAAACCUGACCAGACAGAUGAGAGGCAGAGAAUUGAGGAAGCUGGAGGCUUUGUGAUGUGGGCUGGUACGUGGCGUGUUGGUGGCGUUCUUGCUGUUUCACGAGCAUUUGGUGAUAAACUUUUGAAGCAGUAUGUUGUUGCUGAUCCAGAGAUCAAGGAGGAGGUAGUCGACAGCUCACUCGAAUUCCUCAUCCUCGCUAGUGAUGGGCUGUGGGAUGUUGUAACUAAUGAUGAAGCUGUUGCCAUGGUCAGGCCUAUAGAAGACCCUGAGCAAGCAGCGAAGGGGCUGCUCCAAGAAGCUUCUAAGAGAGGAAGUGCUGAUAACAUCACUGUUGUCAUCGUCCGCUUUUUAGAGGGAACAACAGAGAUUGGAGACGGACCGAGUGAGGAGGUCGCCAAAGACCAAUCUUCAUAGUGGUUAUCGUUCUCCUAUGGUGUUGUAUUUGCUGUUGUAUCUGAUGGUCGAAGUAGAUGAACCAUGGCGGCACCCUGCCAUGCUGCGAAACCAAACUGACUUGGCCUGGAUUUCAUCCUCGUUCCAUGCUUCCCGGCUGUCCUAGAUGGUAAUUGGGGAGCAGAGGGAUGAUGUGGCUAGUGUUGUUACCAUAUGAUCCCAAGGGGUACUUUUUUCCUCCUUACUCAACCUUGUAAUGUGUAGCUUAUGUGCUGGUGUUUCGUGCUACUGAUUUUUUAGCAGUAAAUGCAUGUAACUCUACUAUUUGAAGUAUUUGAACAAAGUUGUUGUGCUUCUGAUGUCA